AUUCCAACAACAUAUUCAUAGACUUCUUGAAACCAAUAAUUAGUCCGCAAAGUCUCCGGCCACUUCAAUAUAUAUUUUGCAUUAUUCGUGUUCCAUUUAAUGCCAUAACUCUAGCCGCAUUUCUCUCUAAUUUCUUAAAUUCCAAUCCAAUUGCAGAUCCAAAAUUCUCAUAAAAUAUCCUCAAACAAAAAAAAAAUGAUGAAUAGUGGCCAAGAUGACAAGUUUUUCUCCAUGCUUUCAUCAAGGGACAAAAGGUACAACUCGUCCAAGCAGCUUUGCGGCGAGGCCUCCUUCAGGGCGUUGUACUACGGAGGCGCUGCCGGCACCGUGCCGUUCCUGUGGGAGUCUCAGCCGGGGACGCCUAAGCACAAGCUCAGCGACGGCCCUCUCCCGCCGCUCACUCCGCCGCCGCAGCACCAGUCGAGUCCUCUAGCUAGCCCUAGCAUGAAGAAGAAGCACUCCAAGAUUUUCAACUCCAUAUUUGCCAGAACACCUUCGACAAAGAUCAGCGCUCCCACUUCGCUACCUUCGUCACCUUAUUCCUUGUCGUAUUCGUCGCCGUCGACUCCGUUGCAUUCCGGCGGCAAAGAAAGUCAGAAAGCUCGUUUAAGUUGGAUUGGUUUGGAGGGGGAGGAGGAGGUAAGGGAUUAUUCAGCAACCUCAACAUUGUGUUUUCGUGGAUCAAGUUCGUGUAGGAGAUCUAAGAGUUAUUAUGGGUACCCAAUAAAGAGUGUGAAGAAGGUGGUCAAGUCCAUUACUCGUCGUCGCCAUUUCUCAAAUUAACAGAAAAUGUUUUCCUGUUCGAUUUGCACAUCAUCAGAUACGAUACCUCUAGCUUGCUCGUUAAAUGUGUGUUGGAUUGAGAAUUUCAUUGAUAAUUAAUGUCCUGGUUUUUUUUUUUUUUUUUUUUUGUUAUAAAAAAAUCCUAGUGAUAAAUCCAAUCAAGAUUUACAAUAUUUUGAUUUGGUUGAGUUGAUGAAAUUAACAUUUGUUUGUUUUUGAUUU